AAGAUGAAUGCCAUCCAGGUGAUUUCCCUGACCCUGCUGUCAGUUCUGGCUGCAAAUGCUCAGGUCAUCAUGCCAGGAAGAUGCCCCAAGCCUGCUGUUCAGGAGAACUUUGAUGCUGCAAGGUAUCUUGGCACCUGGUAUGAUAUCCAGAGACUGCCACACACCUUCCAGAGGGGUGAGUGCAGCACUGCCACCUACAGCCUGUUGAGCCCUGGAGUUGUUGGUGUCCUCAACAAAGAGCUGCUUGCUGAUGGCACCACCAACUCCAUCAGUGGCUCUGCAAGGGCUAAAGACCCCUCUGAGCCUGCCAAGCUGCUGGUCUCCUUCUUUGAGAACUCUCCCCCUGCCCCUUACUGGGUUCUGUCCACUGACUACGACAGCUACUCUCUGGUCUACAGCUGCACCGACCUCGGUGUGCUCCAUGUGGAGUUCGCCUGGAUCAUGAGCAGGGAGCCCACUCUUCCUGAGGAGACCCUUGAGGAGCUGACGAGCACCCUGUCCUCCAUCGGAGUCAGAGUGGACAAGUUGAUCACCACCAACCAGGACACAGAUUAUUGCAGCACCAUGAACUAG